AUGGUCCAGGGAUUAAUUUUUGUCUUCAGAUUGACAAUGCCAUCAGAUUCGAAAAAUAAAAAACCAAGUGAGAAUAAAUACAAAAGCAGUGAUAGGCAGUUGAAUGUGAAUGAAAGAACAUGUGCAAAUUUUAAUGGAGAUUUAAAAAAAGCAAAUAAAAGUAGAAACACUGAUGAAGAAAAUAAAGUUGAGGAAGAAAAUGAUGAGGUAAAUUUAAAAUGCGCCAGGAGCAGGGAAAGUGAUAGCGGUAGUGACAGUUCUUCUGAAGAUUCACAAGAUGAAACCAACGAGGAUGAAGGUGAUGGAAGUGAUGAUGAAAGAAUUGAUGAUGAGAAUGAUGAAAACACGACAGCUACCAGCAAAAGAUGUGGUGGAACUCUUCAGAGUCCAAUUAAAUGUCUCAACAAGAUUUGCAACUCAGGACGUAAUAAUGCUAACAAUAAUGAAGACUACAUUGUUGAAAAUGGUGACCACUAUACCAAAGUUUCAAACAAGGAACAUAAACUCAGUAAUUAUGGAAAUAAGAAAAAUGUUCUUCACAAAAAUUUUGCAAAUAUAAACCCUGUAAAAGUUAAAAAGUACGAAGGAAAAAUUAAAUCUAAAAUGAACACAAAAUUUCUUCAAAAACUCAAGAAACAAAAGAAAAAGCACAAAAAGAGAAAAAAGAAGUCUAAAAGACAUUCAAAAAAGAUUUCUCGUGAAAUUGUGAAAGCCAAACUUUGUAGAACUUGUCUUAAAAGUUUGAUGAAAUCACUGACCAAGCACAAAAGAAAACGUUAUGCUUCAACUUCAUCAUUAUCUUCCUCAUCUUCAUAUACUUCUUCAUCAUCAGAAUCAUCAUCAGAAUCAAGCUCAUCGUUAUCAUCAUCAUUUCGCAAAAAGUUUACAAACAAAAAAUACAAAAGCAGUCUUCAUUCUAAACAAAACUUCAAGUCUGAUAAAGCGUAUGAUAAAUAUUCCCAAAACACUAAGAAUAAUCAACUGAACAAGGGUAUGGAAUUGAUGUACCACGCCUCUGACGAGCAUGCUGCAUACUCCAUGCUGGACUUUACUCUACCAGUUGACACAAAUACCUUUGAAGAAAAUAACUCAAUUCUGUCGCUAUCUCACUCGCCAUCCAACCACAUGGAUUUCACAAACACCAAUUAUUGUGGGAAAGAAUUAGAUUGCAGCGAGGUAUUGAAGGAUGGUGUCGUCUGUGACGUGAAUGAACAUGGCAGUAGCCAAAACGAACCACUUAGCAGCUGCCUACCCCGAAAUAUAGAUCUCAAUAAUGAUAGCCAAACGAUCAGCGCUAUUGAAUAUCUAAAUAACUUUUGUGCUGCAAAAAAGGACAUUGAAACUAAUGACAGUAUGCUAGCAAAACAAAAGUCAUCUCAUGAAAAAAAUCAUUCAAAAGGCUCUCCUACAUUGGAAUGUAGCGACACGUUUGUUGGCUUUCAUGCUGAACCUAAUGCUUUUAGCCAGCAACAAAGCUUAUGCGAUGAUCUUUUAAUGAACUCGAUAUAUUUAGGCAGGUGCGACGCCGCUGAUGAUUCUGCGAAAUCGGCGGACUUACUUUCUAAUGUUAAUGAUAUUCAAAACACUGAAAAUAAUGUAGACAUCAUUGAAAUGAAUUAUCAAGUGCAAACAACAAACAAAAUGGCUAAUGUUGAGCAACAUUUAACGAAAGGUAAUGAUUGCGGUAAGGAUGUUAGUUCAGUUGAUGUUGUUGAAAAGGACGAAGACAGUAUUUCUAGAAUUAUCAACUCCGAUUUUUCCAACAACGACAACCUAAAAGAUUGGACUUACGAAUAUUUUGAGACCCCGAACGAUCAUUUCGCCAAAUAUAUUUUUUCUCCUGAGUCAGAAUUGAAUGAAAACAACGUUAAAGGAAGCCCGUUACCUUCUUGUUUGGCAACAACUGGAACGAAACAAAAAGAGAACUUAGACGUAAUAAAACCUGUCUCGUCUUCAUCAAGUCAAUCUAGUCAAUCAAUACAAACAACUUCUGAUUCGACUCUCGGUAUAAAUGCAUCAGCGUCUCUUCAAACAAAUGUUGUUUCAUCUUUACCUUCUGAUGAAUUAAUACCAAAAAAUCUUAUCAAAAUUUCUUUUAAUCGUCCUGUUUCUAAAUUUAAAGAAUUGAAUCCACUGACAAAAAAUUUAGAUGAUGCGCCUGAAAAUAUUGGCUUGAAAAGUUCGUCAAAGCCUCCGGAUAAUAUUUUAAAUGAACAACCUAGGAAACAUAAUUCCAAUAAACUAAAUGUUUUAGAGAAACUCUCAGAAACAACAUCUAAAGAACAAAACUGCAAGAAAGAGUUAACUGAUAAACUAGCGACGGAACACGAAAAUAAUAACAAAUUGUAUGCUUCUGUGAAACCGAUCAACAUUGUUAAAACGUCGCCGGCUUCCACACUUUCUUUAGCUGAGUCAACAAAAACAAAAUCGAACGCCAAGCACGCUAGUGGAAAUGAAAAACCCUCAACCAGUGACUGCAAAAGCUACAAUUCAAAAAAAGUUUCCAGUGAGCAGAAAAGCUCAUCUGAUCGGUCUCGUUCGCUAGAGAAAUCUCGCAGACGUCGCUCGACAUCCAGAUCACGUGAUAGAUAUCACCACCGAGUUGACAAGCGUUACAAAGAUGCUUCCAAACCAAGUAAUCAGUAUUUAAAACGAAUAAACAAAAAUUACGACGAUGAUGAUAGUAGCGAUGAUGACAGCAGACGAGAAAAAAAACUCAAAUACAAGAAAGGAGACAUCUCAAGAUAUUCUAAACGUAAUUACGAUGAUAGUCGAUACGACAAAGGCUAUUAUUCAACCUCAAGGAAGAAGGAAGAGAAAUUUGAAAAUAGUAAAAAAUAUGAUAAAAGUGAACGAAGCACUUCCCCAAAAAAAUCUUCAACCUCGUCCCACUGUGUUCAGAUGGCUUCGUCCUCACCACCACCAUCGUCCCUCAGUCGCGUUCAGUACAACCAUCAUGAGCAUCACAAAUACAAAUACGAUAAACAACCCAUGAGACCAUAUCCACACUAUCGACAUUACCCACCUUCAGUACGCAUGCCCCCUUACCUCAUGCCGCCCACUUCCUUCCCACCCUUCAUGCCACCAAUCUUACCGCCUCAUCCUGCUGCUCCGUGGUCCUCGGUUGCAGAUUACCAUCAGCGACCACCACCACACCAGAUGUUUUUACAACCUGGCAGUCAACCGGCUCAAAUUUAUUACGAGUAUCAAAUACAGACUGCCGUUAAUGAUGAGAACGAUACAGCUCUUAAUAUUAAUAGCAGUAUUGGGCAAACCACGAACGACGAUGGUAAAGAAAAUAUGAAUGUCGACGAAUGCAAAGAAGUAGAAAAAAAAUAAUUCAUUGAACUUCAUGAAUGUUCAUGAGCUGUUGUUCAUCUUCUUUUUCAUAAUAAUAGAUUAAUAUAUUGUUAUCAGGGUCGAAAGAGUGUUGUGCACAACAAAUGGUAUGCGAUGUAAAAAUCUUAAAUUGCUUUUACGUUUAUAUCCUCGGACAUUUCCUUCAGUUUAUUUAAUUUUUUUGUUUUAUAUUUUCAAAAAAUUGCAUAAAUACUACAAUCUUAUCAAUAAUAUAUCCACGCAUAAAAUUGUUGGGUCGUUUUAAUAACGAUUUGAGGUGUUCAAUUUAAUUUUAACGUGCGUGCCCUACUCAUCAGCUGUUGGUGAUGAAAAUAUAGUUGUGAAUUUCAAGUUUCAAACAAUUUGUUCAAUUUAAAUAACAUUUGUAAGAUUAAAUCAUUAAAAUUUGUACGUUGUAAUAAUAAUUAACAUUUUCAUAUUUAAACGUUAUAAUAAGUCCUGAAGCACUAAUUUAGCCAAUAACUUCACCUCUCAAUGUUUUUAUGAAUAGUUUUUUUGAAAGGUCGACAACGAGUUAGCAUAUUAGCGAAGGAAACUGUGUUCAAAAAAUUACGUAAUCCAUAGAAAAUAUUCAAUUGUGUUGUAUUUUUUAUUCGUCCACGCGUUCUGCUUACUACUCAUUUUUAAUCAUUCAUGAUAGUGGCAAGAAGAUAAUUUCAAUAAAAACGUUUAGGGCUAACUACUUCAACUUAGUUUAUCAGCAUUUAUAUUGAUAUUGGUUUUGAAAAAUGGUUUUGGUUCAAUUUGUUCUAUAAGACUUGGUUUCAAAUAUUUUUUUAUUUAUUUUUAGUGCCCACUAAACGUUUUCAAUAAAUAAAAUUUUAAUUUGCCUUA